AUGGUAGAAUGUUAUUAUUUGCGGCUGUUGUUAGUGAAUGUUGUGGGGCCGCGUUCAUUUGAAGAUUUACGAACAGUUAAUGGUCAUUUAUGUGCUACGUAUCGUGAAGCGUGUGAGCAUUUGGGUUUACUGGAAAAUGAUGCAUGUUGGGAUUCAUCACUUCAAGAUGCAUCGAUCGUUUCAUUUUCACAUCAAAUACGUAUGCUGUUUGCCAUAAUAAUAUCAAUAUGUUUCCCAUCGAAUCCGAUUGAAUUGUGGAAUAAAUAUCGAGAUUUUAUGACAGAAGACUUUUUGAUUCGAAUGCGCCAUCACACAGGAAACUCUGAUUUGAUCAUAACAUUGGAAAUGUAUAAUGAGGCAUUAAUAGCUGUUGAAGAUAUGUGCCUUACGAUCGCCAAUAAAGCAUUGGUACAAUUAGGUAUGAUUUCACCCAAUCGUCCAAUGCAUGAUUUUUUCGAUUGA